ACGCUUUAGCCGUAGUGGGAUUUGUAAAUUCGCCGCGUCUCACUGUCAUGCGCAACGGUGGCACUGCCAUGUUGGAUCGAAAGCUCGGUGCACAGGAGUUCAGAUGAAAGUUUAGAGUCUCAAGACGACGUUGGAUAACCUUGUGUCUAUUUCUGAGACACAAGACCUCUCUCAACACACCACCGGCCGAAACACAACAGGUCUGAUUAUGAGAGCCUUCGGAUCCAAGCGGCGGUGAUCAGAGAUCAAUGAACACGUAUUUUCUGUUUAACACUUCCUGAUCACAAGUUCACACCAUCGGAUUGUUAAAAAUGAGCGGUCCACUUUCACACAGGAGGCCUGGGAUCAAUGUUGGCUCCAUUCUUCUCACCCCGCAAGAAAACGAAGUGCUUUCCAACCAUCUGGGCAGGAAAUGCACCAGUUUGUGUUCAGCCGUGGUGCAGGUCUAUGGAGCCGACAGAAACUCAUCCUGGGUGAAGAAGUGCUGUGGGGUGGCCUGUCUGGUGAAAGACAACUCUCAGAGAUCUUACUUCAUCAGGGUGAUUGAUAUGAAAGAUGGAAAACAAUUGUUUGAUCAAGAGCUCUACAACAACUUUUCAAUAAACUACUCCAGGCCAUACUUUAUCACAUUUGCUGGAGAUGUAAGUACUCAGAUCUUGUAUCUACAUGCCUUCUGUGUUUUUCAAACAAUCAUGCUGUAUGCUUGUACUUCAGCGGACCGUAAGGUAUGUGCCAUCAUGGACACAGACACAGAUAAAGUUGGAGUUAAAAUCAACCCUUCAAAUGCUGGCAGAGAAAAGCAAGAGCAGCCUGACCGGACCCAGUGUCGUGGACGUCUGCAUGCAUUCAGAGAUGAUGUUCUGCACCACCUUUUUGUCAGCGCCGACUGA